CGCAUGCAUGAUACAGAUCAGUCUCAGCUGUCCACUGACAUAAUCGACUUACACAUUCCACGCGGACAGACACAAUGUUUCCAUUCUACCUCUGGAUGGUCGUGUUGUUGACUCUUCAGAACUAUGUGAUGAGUGAGACCCCUGUGAGAGAAAUGUAAAAUGGCGCUGUGGGAGGAGCUGUCACUCUACAAAAGUCAGCUUACACUGGGGUCAAAAAAAUUCUUUGGACUUUUGAAAAAACUGGUGCUGCUAUCGCCACAACAAAACCAGGAGAACCUAGGUUUGAUAUUGAAAAUAGAGAGUAUA